CCACCCCGCACCCACCGCAGCCGUGCCGUCCCUCCUCCACCUCCACCCCCUCCCCCGUCCCCGAGGGGUCAGAAUCACUCCGCGCUUUCCCUUCCUUCCCACCCAAGCAAGCGAGCGAGGGUAGCCGAGGGCGAGCCCGAGAUCGGCGCGAGCUCCCUCCCCGAAUCGCCAGCGGGGGCCGCCGGGGUGGGGCGGGCAGCUCGCGGGGUUUAUCGGGCUCCUGAGCGGCGUGGCGGCGGCGGCGGCGGGGGGGUGAUGAUGGACGGCGGCGCGGCCGGCACGAGCAACGGCGGAUCCGGGGCCGAUGGGGACGCCGCCAGGAGGAACAACACCAGGAUGCCCAAGUAUUCCAAGUUCACGCAGCAGGAGCUGCCGGCCUGCAAGCCGAUCCUUACUCCAAAAUGGGUUGUCUCGGUGUUUUUCCUUGUCGGCGUCGUCUUUGUCCCAGUUGGUGUCGUUUCGCUACUAGCUGCACAAGAUGUUGUUGAGAUCAUUGAUCGGUAUGAUCAUGCAUGUGUCCCACCUAACAUGACUGAUAACAAGCUUGCGUACAUCCAGAAUGAGACUAUACCCAAAGACUGCACAAGGAUUCUCACGGUUACAAAGGAGAUGAAACAGCCAAUUUAUGUGUACUACCAGCUCGAUAACUUUUAUCAGAAUCAUAGAAGGUAUGUGAAGAGCCGAAAUGAUGCACAGCUAAGAGAUUAUAAGAAGUCAAAUACGACAACCUCAUGUGACCCUGAGAGGUUCACGGCUGAUGGAAAACCAAUUGUUCCCUGUGGUCUGAUUGCUUGGAGUUUGUUUAAUGACACAUAUAGCUUCACUCGUGGUAAAGACAACUUGACAGUAGACAAGAAGGACAUCUCCUGGAAAAGUGAUAGGGAGCACAAAUUUGCCAAAAAUGUCUACCCAAGCAACUUCCAGAAUGGUGCGCUCAUAGGUGGAAAGAAGCUAAACUCGAGUAUCCCGCUGAGCGAACAGGAGGAUCUUAUUGUUUGGAUGCGGACUGCAGCGCUUCCUACAUUCAGAAAGUUAUAUGGGAGGAUAUACGUUGAUCUCAAGGCGAAUGAUACCAUAACAGUGAGGCUGAGUAACAACUACAAUACAUAUAGCUUCGGUGGCAAGAAGAAGUUGGUCCUUUCCACUGCAACCUGGCUUGGAGGAAAGAAUGAUUUUCUUGGAUUUGCAUACCUCAUAGUUGGUGGACUCUGUAUUUUCUUGGCAUUUGCAUUCACCUUGCUAUACUUGAUAAAGCCAAGGAAACUGGGAGAUCACAACUACCUGUCCUGGAACAGGCACCCCGCAGGCCGCUAAGGGUGUUUCCGAACUCGAUAUGGCAUAUGAUUGAUGCCCGCCUCGACUACGUGAAAUGUAUCAUCAUGCCCUAAAUGAUACAUGAGAUUGCCAGUAGCUUUAGACCACCUGUGUGUGUAAAUUUUAACAGACGGAUCUAUGUUCUUUUGUUUGUUGUUGUAGGGCAUGCAUACAGCAGCCGAUCCUUGUUGUUGAGUACUACUACGGAUUGUAUUACUACCUCUGAUCCAAAAUAAGGGUUGCAGUUUUGAACUAACCCCAGUUUAGAACUGCGACACUUAUUUUGGAUCGGGGGGAGUAUAAGUUUCUCAUUUUGUGGUAUGGAUUUAUUAACCAUCCUGUAAUGUAAUGGCUUGUUGACCCUAUAUGAGAUUCGAGACCGUGCAUGCCUUUGGGCACCAAAGUCUGGUAAUAAGUGCAGCAGAUUUGCUGUAAUUUC